AUGGUGUCUGCCGGUAUUGGCAAGCUAGUGGAAAGUGGAAAAUUUGAAUGGAACACCCCUGUGCGACAACUUUUGCCUAAGUUUUCUCACCACGACAGUCAAUUUGCGGAGAAGGUUACCAUUGCUGAUUUUCUAGCGCAUCGUACUGGAUUAUCUGGUGGAGUUGCACUUAAUCUUGCAUUCCAGGGCGAUGGCGAAAUGUUAUUAUCAACGGGUUCAUUGUUAGAAGUUCUCCACCACGUUCCUCGUGUGGCUGCGGUUGGAGAGAGCUGGAUGUACUUUGUCUGGGGGUACUCAAUUGCCGGACUUGUCAUUGAAGAGGUGACACAGUUGCCGCUCCACCAAUAUUUGCAACAAGAAGUGUUCCGCCCAACUGGUAUGGAUCGUACAACACUUCGACCAUCCUUCCAAGACGGCAAUAUCUCCAAGGCAUACGCAUCCUUGAGUGAUAGUGAUGCGUGUGAGUUGCAAAAAAGACAGCCAUUUGCUGAAAAUCUUUUCGAAGCAUCGGGUGGUGCCUACUCUACCGUGAACGAUCUUCUGCGGUGGUCGAAAGAAACUAUGUAUGCAGGCCAAGAGACUGGAACACCGAGCAAGUCAAUUUUGAAACAGAUCCCCGAAAUUCUCCGACCACAGAUUGCGAUAGACAGCAAGCUACUCCCGGGACAAUCCUACGCUUUCGGCUGGCUGCGCGCUCAUCUCCCGGGCGUGGUGGGACUAAUGGGUGACAACCCGGAUCUUUGGGAGAUCUCUGAUCUGCCCAUCUUGGGGGACGGAGGUGAGCCUCGACUGAUUAUAUAUCAACAAGGCGCGACAGUGGGUUAUUACUCCUUCCUGGCUUUGUUUCCAGAGACGCAGUCGGCAGUAGUUGUUCUUACCAACUCCAUUGCUAUGAGUGAUGUCGCCGAGUGGGUUGGUCGCAUUCUCAUUGAAGCGCUGUUCGAUUUCCCAAUCCGGACAGAUUAUGUCAGUCUGUCUAGAGAAGGGAAGCACCGAAGACUUCAACUAUUCAAAGAUAUGCAAGCCAAUUUGGCGAAAGAGCGUGCCCCCGAAACAAAACCGCUGCCACUCGAGGCAUAUGUGGGCAAAUAUGCGAACCAGACUUACAAGUCUAUCCUGGAAAUUUCUAUGGAUCCCGAUCAGGGGGACUCCCUUGUUGUUUCAUUCCAAUGUAUGCGUUCCCAAGAAUAUAGGCUUCGUCAUUUGCGCGAAAAUGUCUUUGAAUGGGCAUUGGGUCAUGAUGAGGGGAAACGAAGAGGGAGGUACACCUUUGCUGAUGCCUCAUACUUCAAAUUUUCAUUUGCGGUGGGACCGGGCAAUCAGGCCGACAAGAUAGUCUGGAACUUAGAUGAGUCUUCCCAGCCGGGUGGGGUCAUAUUCUCGCGUUUGCGUGGGCAAAAAUUAUGA